GCACGCUUGGGUCUCUCUCUCUCUCUCUCCCCCACCUAAACAAAAGAAAACACAAAGCCCUCUUUCUCUCCCCUCUGUGUUUCCCAAAAUCCUCCGAAGACUGACAGAAAUUACCAAGACAAGAUGAUAUCUCUAGAGGGUUUUGAGCCCGUCGCUGUCUCUCCACACAAACAAGACCCAGCAUGGAAACACUGCCAACUUUUCAUCAAAGACCAGCCCAAUGGAGUUAAGGCUGAGCUGAAGAAGUGCAUAUAUUGUGGCAAAGUGUUUCAGGGUGGUGGAAUUAACAGGCUUAAAUCCCACCUUGCUGGUCGAAAGGGCAAUGGCCCUACUUGUGACCAAACCCCACCAGAUGUUCGUCUUUCCAUGUUACAGAGUUUAGAUCAUGGGAUUGCAGCGUUUAGGCACAGGAAGAGUCAAAUUGUUACAAACCCACAUCACAGUCCUAGUGAAUUAGACAAUUCAUUUGCUGAAAAUGGGGAGUGCAAAUUGAUGGUAGGACCCGAUUCGAAUUCGCUUGUGAAUCAAGAAGAAGAUGUUGGAAUGAGUGGGAAUGGAGUUGGGUUGAGUGGUAAUCUGACUAAUGUACCCCUUGAAGUAGACAAUUCUUAUAGGAGUAAUGCUGCAAUGCAUAGAUCAGCUGGAGUGCCCAUAUCGAAUUUUUCGGUGAAUCAAGAAGAAGAUGCUGGAAUGAGUGUGGAUAGAAGAGUGAGGUGGAGGGGUGGAACUUCUUCUGCAGAUACUGGUUCUGGUUCUGUUGAUGGCGUUACGAAAUUGAGUAAUGUUUCAGCUCCUAUUCCUAUUGCAGUAGGUAGUGCUUUUUCUGAAGACACCCAAGGGAGAUCAACUGGUUUUCCCAACUCAUAUUGGUUGGAAAAUGAAGAAGAAGUUGGCAUAAGUAAUACAAAUGUGAGUGUAAGGAAGAGGGUGAGAGGUGAAAGUGCUGUUGGGGCUGCCAAUGCUGGAACUGUCAACAAUAAUUAUGAAGUGAAAGAGGUCGGCAAUCAACAAAUUCAUAUGGCAAUAGGGCGGUUUUUAUAUGAAAUUCAGGCUCCCCUGGAUGUGGUGAAGAACUCGGUUUAUUUCCAGCCAAUGAUUGAUGCUAUUGUCUCUGGGGGAAAGGGGACUAUAGCACCUUCAUAUGAUGACCUUCGGGAUUGGAUAUUGAAGAAUGCAGUUGGAGAGGUGAAGAGUGAUAUUCAUCAGCACAUGGAAACUUGGGCAAGGACUGGUUGCUCCCUUUUAGUCAACCAAUGGAGUUCUGAAAAGGGUAAAACUUUGCUAAAUUUUGCAGUGCAAUGCCCUGAAGGAACAAUCUAUCUGAAAUCUGUGGAUGCUUCCUACUUUAUUUUUUCCCCAGAUGCUUUAUUCGAGUUUCUUAAGGAAGUGGUGGAAGAAGUUGGAGUUGGGCAUGUUUUGCAAGUCAUUACAAAUACUGAAGAGCAAUUUGCUGUUGCUGGGAAGAGGUUGAUGGAUACAUUCCCUACCCUGUACUGGUCUCCCUGUGGCGCCACUUCCAUAGAUUUGAUCCUUGAGGAUUUUGGAAAAGUUGAGUGGAUAAAUUCUGUAAUUGAACAGGCUAGAUCUGUUACAAGAUUUAUCUACAAACAUGUUGUCAUUUUGAAUAUGAUGAGAAGGUAUACUUUUGGUAAUGACAUUGUGAGGCUGGGAGUAACUAGGUUUGCUACAAACUUUACGACAUUGAAGCAAAUGGCUGACCUUAAAUUUAAUUUGCAGUCUAUGGUUACUUCAAAAGAAUGGAUGUGCUGCCCCUACUCCAAAACACCAGAAGGAUCAGCAGUGCUAGAUAUAUUAAGCAAUCACUCAUUUUGGUCUGCGUGCAUUUUGGUCACACAUUUAACAAACCCACUUUUGCGAGUUUUGAGAAUUGUUGGUAGCCAGAAGAGGGCAGCAAUGGGAUAUGUUUUUGCAGGAAUAUAUCGAGCAAAAGAAACAAUCAAAAGAGAACUUGUCAAGAGAGAAGAAUACAUGGUCUACUGGGAUAUUAUCGAUUACAGGUGGAAAAAGUUAUGGCAUCUUCCUCUUCAUGCUGCAGGUUUUUACCUUAAUCCCAAGUUUUUCUAUAGUGUCAAAGGAGACUUGCAUAAUGAGAUCAUAUCAAGGAUGUUUGACUGCAUAGAGAGAUUGGUUCCUGAUAUAAAAAUCCAAGAUGAAGUUAUCAAAGAGAUAAAUUUGUACAAAAAUGCUGUUGGAGAUUUGGGGAGGAAUUUGGCAGUUCGAGCUAGAGACAAUCUACUUCCUGCUGAAUGGUGGUCGACGUAUGGUAGUAGUUGCCCAAACCUUGCGCGCUUGGCAAUUCGUAUUCUCAGUCAAACUUGCAGCAUAGUUCAAGGUCAGGAGAAUCAAAUUCCUUUUGAACAGUUGCACAAGACAAGGAACAGCUUAGAAUGUCAACGGCUCAGUGAUCUUGUUUUUGUUCAAUACAACCUGAAACUAAAACAAAAGGUUCACAAGCACAAAGAACAGGAAAAUGUGGGUCCUAUAUCAUUUGACCGCAAUAGCAUUGUCGAAGACUGGGUGACAGAGACGGAAAUGCCCCUAGAAGACAAUGAAAAUCCUGAUUGGAUGACACUUGAUCCCCCCUCUUGUAACACAAGGCUUUUAGAACUUUCAGUUGAUGAAGCUGAAGAUUUGGGUUCAGGGUUUGAUGACAACGAGAUCUUUAUCAGAUUGAAAGUGGUUAAAGGGGAAUGUUGAACACGAUGUUGUAAGCCGGUACGACGGAAUGCAAUGACACAAAUCAUUUUUUGAGUCCAAUAUAAUCCCUCCUUCACUUUCUUCAAGUAUCUAGACGAGCAAGGUACUGUAACAAAGUAGUUUGUCCAGAAAUACUGCUCGAUUCCGAAAGAUAAUGUUCUUUUCAUGGCAUUACUGCAGAAGCGGUGGAACCCCAAGAUGCUAUUGCUAAUUCUAAGAAGAAAAAAGGUACAUCAUGGUUACCCCCCACAGAUGUGGAUGGGUUCAGCAAGUUCCUGCAGCAGACAAUUACAUGUAGAUAGCUUUCAUGGAAGAAAAAUAGAGUUUUGCAACUAACAACCUAGAAUGCUGAAGUUUUUGUACUUUCAGAUAUGCCCUUGUAAAUGUAAUCAUAUUUAUAAUGUGCACGUGAUUCACAAAA